AUGCACCUUCUCCAGCUCCUGUUGAGAGCCAGCCCUGGCGUCUUGGUCCUUGUUCUCUGUCUACAGCUGGGGACCAACAAAGCUCAGGAAGACACUCGAGAAAUUAUAAAAAUGCAAUUGGACAUGCCCUCAAAAACAAAAGAAAAUGAAGAAGUCACUCUGGAGCUUAAACUUCAAACGGAAUUAAAAGAAUGUAUGGUGAUUAAAACUUACCUCCAAGGCAGCCACCUAAUGGAUGGUCCUUUUAACUAUCUUUACACUGCCUGCCUCUGUGAGGAUUAUCCAAGAACUUUCUACUGGGACUUUAAGGUCAAUAGAACUAUGGCAAUAGCAACAGUGGUCCACAUUAUUGAAAAAGAAGGUAUCUGCCCUAAUAUAUCAGUGGUGCCCAAUGGAAAAAAAUAUUAUUAUACCAUUAGGAAAAUACAGACAGUCUGA